GUGGAUACUCAGAAAACAAAAAGAUAAGGUAAGAUGAAAUAAUAAAGCUUAAUAUUGAAUCUUGAGAGAAACUUCAGAGCAGAUUAGCUCAUGGAGAUAUUUGAAGUAGGACCAUGUAAGAGCUCUUACCAAAUGGGGUAUCAAAUCGGAGAGAAAUUUUCGUCUAUAAUUAAGAGCAGAUUAGCAAACGACCUUAUUCUACAAACCCAACUCCGCCCUUUUUCCACAUCGCACCUCGGAAAACAGCUCCUCGAUUCGCUUUCUGACAACAACCGAAAUAGGUUUUCAUUUUACUGGGAUGAGCUUGUUGGGAUUGCAGAAGGAAGCAAUGUGCCCGUUCUCGAUAUAAUACUGAUUAACUUCAGGAAGGAGAUUUUAGCAUUCAUCCCAAAGAAUGAAAGCAUAAACAUACCUGAAGAUACGCCAGACGAUUGCUCUGAUGUUCUGGUAGUAAGCAACAGCAUGGCUGUCGCAGCUCACAAUGAAGAUGCAAACGUUGCAUUAGUUGGUCACACAUAUUUGAUCAAAGCAAAGUUCGGCAAUGGACAUUCGUUCACAGCAUAUACAUAUGCAGGGGAGCUUCCAAGCUGUGCAUUUGGCUUCAACAGUCAUGGAUUGGCAUUCACAUUGAAUUCAGUACCACCUCGCCAAGAUGAGAUUGUAGCAGGAGGGAUUGGGCGAAACUUUAUUUCAAGAGAUCUGCUUGAAGCAGCUAACAUUGGUGAUGCACUCGAGAAAAUCCGAUCGUCAGAGGUGUCUGUCGGACAUAGCUACAACCUGAUUGAUAUAACAACACGCAAGAUUCUGAAUGUGGAAACAGCAUCAAGUAAUCGACUAUCAAUCUAUGAAAUUAACGCAACACCAUUUUUCCAUGCAAACAUGUAUCUGCACCUUCAGGUGGCACAGAUACAAGAUGAAAAUUCAAAAGGCAGGCAAGAAAGAGCAGCUUCACUGCCAAAAGAAACGAAAGAGGAUUUCCUGUCACUUCUUGGAGACAUAGAUGACAAAAGAUACCCGAUCCACAUGACAGGUAAAUUGCGAGUUUCAUUCGGUUUCAUGAUUACACUUUCUUUAACUUCACUCAUUCUCUCUAACUUUCAGGUCCAAUAUUGUACACAUUGUGCACAGCCGUAUUCGAUCUUGAUGGACCAACAUUAUCAAUCCUUGAGGGGAACCCAAAAGAAGGAAAUGUUACUUAUUUAUUUCAUAUGCACUAGAAGGUCUUAUAGAUGUCCAGGAUUGCUUUCGGCUAUCAUUCCGCCCAUACAGAUAAAAUCUCAAAGUGGUUCAUAGAGGCCUAUUAAGUGACCAUCCAAGCAUCUCAAAGCUGCAACCUAAUUACAGUCGCAAAAAAAUACAAACUUAGCCUUUUUGAGCAUCAAUAUGAUUUGUAAUUUUGUAUUAUAAGCUUCAACUUAAUAAAAGAAGGCAUAGCUAUUAACCUUUC